UCGCCGUCAAAGCAGCAACAACCGGCACUGCAUUUUCUUAUUUUGUAUUCGAGAAAAUCGCGCCGAAAAGUGUGUUUUCAAGAAAAAUUUGUCCGGUCUCAAAAGUGUUUUGUGAGUUUGAUCUGUUGAAAUAAAUUUUCUCGAUAAAAGUAUGUGAAAGUGAGUUACAGUUUUAAGCAAGACACUUUUUAACCAAACUUAUUGCCACCAGUGAAAGGAGACCAUUCCAUUCAAUAUGAAGCGACUUUUUGCAGGCUGAAAAGUCCAAACCAGAGGAAUUAUUCCCUUACAAAUUUGUCCUCACUCAGCGUGUGGUCGUGGUGUAAAAUUACGUGUGGAAAAUUGCAAGAAAAAAAAAAACAAACAAACAACGGAGUGUGAAAACUGAGCGCGCCCAAUUUGCGUGAAACAAUAGUGAAGACGGCAGUGAAAAAUGGCCCCGGGCAGGUUACUUCCAUUGUUGGUGGCCAUAUUCUGCGGUUUUGGUGUUGGCGCCUCACCAACGACCACCCCAACGCUCGUUAGUGGUGGUGCAUCUGCGGAAGAUGAAGUACUGCUGCUGGCCACGGCCCUGAACCGGGAUUACGCGGGCAAAGCCAUUCUGCCCGAUUUGGGCGCCCUGCUGCGGUUGGAUGCGCUGCCGGAAGUGCACCGACCAGCGGCCGAACAGUUCCGGGCGCUGUGGGACGAGCAUCUGACCGGGGCGAAAGGAUAUGAUGUGGUUAGAGAUAUUCCGUUCACGUUGAUCAUCCCGAACCGCAUCGAUCGGGUGGCGCUGGAUUCGCUGGACGAGCCACGUGCCCGUGAAUUCCUGCUGGAGCACGUCAUCCCGGGCGCGCUGGUCGAACUCAAGGAUGGCCACGUGUACGCGAACGCGAACCAACAUCCGGUUGGGGUGAAUCUGACCUGCAUCAACAUGCUGCUGGGGUACGUGCUGAGGUACGCCCAGGACACCCAGGAGGUGCGGGUGGUUGGACAUCGGCACAACGUGACCGACUCGCUGGCGGUGGUGUUCGUCGAGGGAAAUCUCACCGAGAACAAGGCCGCCGUUAACACGAACAAGCUGAACAAACGGAACAUUCAGGAGAAUAACCGGUACAACGAACCCCAACGCCUCGAGAUGAAAAACGCCACCAAAGAACUGGCCGCCAUCAAGGAGAACCGCAUCGGCCAGCACCUGAUGAACUUCCUGGCCAGCAUGAAAUCCGGCACCAAAGUGUUCCAGCACUUCCUGUCCAGCAGCAACCUGAGCCAACUACUGGACGACAGCUCAUACAUGGUCCUGAUCCCCUCCGACACGGCCUUCCAGCGGUGGCACCCAAUCGACUGGGGCUUCUACCCGUUUAGCGUGCAGGAGUUCACCGAGAGUGUGCUGCGGAACCACUUUGUCCGCGUGCGGCAACCUCCACGGAUGGCCGAUUUGCGGAGUGGAGCUGGCGAGCAGAAGUUUAAAACGCUGGGUGGAGAAAUGGUCGUACUUAAGAGCAAGCCAAUUCCAAAUGUGAACAACGUAUCAAUCAUGUACGACUACACGCUUUCCAACGGAGUCGAGGUGUUUGUAAUCUCUGAGGUUCUGUUUGUUUCGGAAGCCGUUGUGUCGCGACUACAUCAGAUGCACAAGGACAAAGAAACGCCCCCACUGUUGGCAUUCCCCUGGUUCGGAGCCCAAUUCCUGUCGCACUCAUUCCUGGCCCUGGAACGGGACAACCGAUUCACGCAGAUUACGCGCUUCCUCAACACGGCCGAAAUUGCCCAGUUUAUCUCCGGCUCCAACUACACCUUCUUCGUCCCAACAGACGAGGCCUUUGAGCGGUACAGCUUCGACAUUCUGCCGGAUAACGUGCUAGCGUCCGAAAAGGGCGUCAAACUUCUUCUAAACCACUUCAUCAAGGGACGCCUGUACGAUCGUGAUCUCAAGGAUGGUGAAGUGCUGGACACGAUCGGCGGAAUGCCGGUCAAGAUCCACCGAACCUUUGACCAAAACGUCACCGUCAACAGUGCCCGCAUCGUCGAGUCCGAAGUCUUCGUCUACAACCUCGGCACCAUGUUCUACGUGGACGACGUGCUCUACCCGGAACUCCUCAAAGACGAAGUGACGGCCAUCACCGAGAUCAAAACCCCCGACAAGACCGUCCCCGAGGACGUCGGCUCGGACAUCUACACCACGGACGUCGGCCAGCCGGAUCAGACCUCCUCCACGACACCAACGCCAGCGGCCACUUCGACAACGCACCGGACCUUCUUCACGACCAGUGCCGACGUGGAGUUUGUUCCGCUGGAGAUCACCGAGCAAAACGGCAGCGACGACGACUUCUUGCUGCAGGAUGACGAAAUUAUCACCCCGAAGGCGCUACCCGUCAAGUAUUACUUCGCGCCGAAGAAGUGAGCCAGAUCUGCGCUACUCAAAUGAAUACGAAGCAAAUCGAGCCCCUCAACGAGCAGUUUAUGUUAGAGCAGUGUUAAGCAGCUUAAAAUGUGUACGUUGUAGUCAUGAAUCAUUCAUCGUCCUCCAUUUCUCCUGAUAAAAAAGAGUUUCACGCAAAUCUAAACGAAUCAAUAUCUUAAUGGUCUUCCUGGAAUUUACAUUGCACAAACAAAGUUAUUGGAACUUUUAAAAACAUUCCCUGCUUUCAAACCUGUUGGAAAAUUAGUGAUUUAGAACAAUAUUUAACGGUAAAUCAUUUGGGGAAACGAAACAAAAAAUAGCUUUAUACAAGUAAGUGUUGAGAAGAUAAGCUAUUUAAAACAAAUAGCACAAAAAUAAACACUUACUGCUGGCGAAAACAUAAGAAGUGAACAUAACUGAUCAAGUUUGAACAAGUUAUAGAAUGACAUUUUUCAGAAAGAUGUUUUAGAAUGUUGUUGCUUAUUAAAUUGUCAAAUGUGGUAAAAAGCA